UGUCGAACCAUUAUUCGUAUUAACGUCAAAUCCAAAGGAAGAAAGGGAAGGGAGUCCUGUGAUUUCUUCCAGCAGGUGAAAAUUAGCCAACAUUUUGUGAUAAAAAUUUUUCUAGAGUGGCCAUAUUUUUCCGGAUUAGAAGGCCUUAACAAAGAAAAAUUGAUAUUUCUUUUACAAGUGCAAGACAACAAAUAAUCCUGUUCAUUGGAAAUGGCUGUAAACCUAGUCAAGUACAAGGAUGAAAUGCUUAAAGCCUGGAAAGAAGUUGUUGACGACAAAAAUCCAACAGAUUGGGCCCUAUUUAGUUAUGAUGGACAGUCCUACGAUUUGAAGCUUGCCAGUAAAGGAGAUGGAGGGAUUACAGAACUUGCUGAGGACUUAAACAGUUGUAAAAUAAUGUAUGCAUUCUGCAGGGUCAAAGACCCUAAAACCAGUCUUCCAAAAUAUGUCCUUAUCAACUGGCAAGGUGAGAGUGCACCUGGUAUUCGCAAGGGAACUUGCACCAAUCAUUUGGGAGCAAUUCAAAAGUUUUUCAAAGGAAUUCACGUAACGGUAAACGCACGAACGGAAGACGAGGUCGAUGAAGAAGCUAUAACAGAUAAAGUGGCCAAAUCUACGGGGUCUAUUUACAAUUUUAGUCGUUUGGAAUCCCGGGAGGAUGAACCAACUGGCCCUGUUGGUACUAUUUACAAGAGGGUCAAUCCCACUCAAGAGAUAGACGCAAAAGCCAGAGAUAGUUUUUGGGCGCAAGAAGAAGAAGAAGAGAAGAAACGUCAAAUGGAAGAGCAGCGACGUAAAGAAGAGGAAUCUAAGCGUCGCGAGGAAGAAUUAAAGAAAAGAGAGAUGGAGGGUAGCCGUGCCAGGGAAAAUCAGGUGUUGGCAAGAAUGCGAAGCAUUUCCGAGCUUCGUCAAGCAGAAGAAAAAGCUAAUAUUACUUCGGCAGAAGCUGAGAAAGCUAAAUGGGCCAAACAAAAGCAGGAUGACGAUAAAGAUGACGAGGAGCGACGGAUGCGUAGUGAGAUACUUCGUCGGCAAAGAAAUAACGAAGCCCAGUCACUCAUUAAGCAACGUAGCAUCGAUGCAAAAGCCAUUUUUGAACAAAAUACUUCAGCUGGUCAACUGUCAAUAUCAAGGAGAAGCAGCAGUUCAAACAUGUCCUCCCCAAGUCCCACCCCGAGUGCCCCGAGCAAAGUUGGUGCUAAAUGGCCACCGUCUCCGAGCUCUGUAUCGCCGUCUCCUGCAUCUCCAACUCAAGCAUCGCCGAUCCCUACCGUUGUUCGGCAAACUUCGAUUCAAACCAACUUUUAUGCGAACAAUUCUUCCAAUGGGCACUCCUCUUCUGUAUCGUCGCCACCGCCAAUGAAAAGCGAUUGGAUUCCUGACUCCCCCACCCCAGCUGCGAUUGUUCCACCUGCCCCUGAAUUCGCUGAUCCACCUCCCGAGUUACCCUCAUCACCUCCGCCAACCGAACAACUAGAAACUACCCUUUCACCUGUUGCAGCUAUGCCUAACGAUGCCAACGAACAAGACUAUGAGGAUGUAAACUAUGAAGAGGAACAAAAUUGGGAAACGCAACCAAUAGAGGACGUGAGGGAAACCCAAAUGGACAAUGUGGUCGAGACUGAAAUUAGUAGUUUUGGUAUUAGAGCACGCGCACUUUAUGAUUAUCAAGCAGGUGAACCAGGAGAAAUAUCUUUUGAUCCUGGAGAUAUCAUAACUAAUAUUGAUCAAAUUGACGAAGGAUGGUGGCAAGGAAUCGGUCCAGACGGAACCUACGGGCUGUUCCCAGCCAAUUAUGUCGAAUUGAUUGAAUGAAUCAAACAUGAUUAGCAUAUCAAUACUUUAUAUUGAUUUUGAUUUUGAUCCCCAAAGUAUCCUACAAUUGGAUCGGCACAAAACAAACUUCUGAAACUGGAACAUUCUCUAUCCAUCUUAUACAUGGUUAACAUUCACAAACAUUUCCGCGCUGUUUAACAUAGCAAAACCUAAUCGUGUUUUUGAAUUUUACUUGCUUUUUAAAUGUUUACUUACACAAAAAGCUCAACUAAUUACGAAUGCCUGGAUUUACCAUCCAUUUCCAUCUUUUUCAUCCAUUAUUAAAAUGAGCAAACUGUGCAAUACAAGGU